AUGGCAUUGUUCAAAGUCGAAGGAUGGGACCUGAAUACGGAAAAGGUUGAAUUUUUCGAUGCAAAUGCAAAAAAGGCCGCUGAAAAGAAGAAGAUUAAAAGAGACAGACAGAACAAAGAUAAAAAAGAACGUCAGUUUAAGAAAAAUCGAGCCAUUGAAGAGGCGCUUGCGAGUACUAGCGAUGUUGAGGACAAUGAGGACAAUGAGGAAGAAAACUUGAAUGAAAAAUUAGAUGAAGAAAAUACCAGCUCCAUAAAAAAGAAUGAGAAGAAGCGUCCAUUAGAUGAUAAGAGCGAGACCCUUGCGAACAAAAAGAUGUCAAAACCUGCAGUCACUAGCGCAGCAAAGAAAGAGCUGACUCCAUUACAGCAAAAAAUGAUGGCUAAGUUGACAGGGUCACGAUUUAGGUGGAUAAACGAGCAGUUAUACACAAUCAGUUCAAAGGAUGCAUUGAAAUUAAUCAAGGAGCAACCACAAUUGUUUGAUGAAUAUCAUGAAGGAUUCAGAUCACAAGUGAAGUCAUGGCCACAAAACCCUAUUGAUGUUUUUGUGGAUCAGAUCAAAUUUAGGUCAAAGAGGCCUGUUAAUGCUCCAGGUGGACUGCCAGGCCUGCAAGACAAAAAGAUCGUUAUUGCUGACAUGGGUUGUGGCGAAGCGCAGUUGUCAUUAGAUGUCAGCAAUUUCUUCAAGAAACAUAAUAAGAAAACCAAAAAAUUUCAACAAAAAUCUCAUAAAGUCUAUAGUUUUGAUUUGAAAAGGGCUAAUGAGAGAAUAACCGUUGCGGAUAUAAAGAGUGUUCCACUACCAGAUGAAUCAUGUUCCAUUGUUGUUUUCUGCUUAGCAUUGAUGGGUACAAACUUUCUGGAUUUUAUAAAAGAAGCGUACAGGGUAUUAGCACCCAGAGGUGAAAUAUGGAUUGCUGAGAUUAAGUCAAGGUUUGCUGAUGGAAAAGGUGAAGAAUUCGUCAAUGCUCUUAAGCUUAUGGGCUUCUUUCAUAAGAAUACUGAUGACAGUAAUAAGAUGUUUACUAGGUUCGAAUUCUUUAAGCCACCACAAGAUAUCAUAGAGGAAAGAAAGGCAAAAUUAGGAAGGAGACAAAAAUUCAUCGAAGUUGAAACUGAAAAAGAAGAGUUGGAGAAAAAGAGGUCUAAGAUAGCUGAAGGUAAAUGGUUAUUAAAGCCAUGUAUUUACAAAAGAAGGUGA